CGAGUCAAGGAUUAAACAAACACCCCAAAUGCCAACAUCAUAAGCAGCGAAGGAAAUUAUCUCAGUCAGUCAGAGCCCCAGUCUGCUGAGAAUCUGAGAAAAAUUGCGGUCCUCCUCUUGUCCAGAGGCUGUUCAUGAAACACCCUCGCUCCUGUCCUUGAUUGCUGGAAGCCAAACCUGGCAUAGAACGUGGUCCCUGCAGCAAUGACCUCCCAGCUACAGUGGGUGAGAUGGCUCUCAUCUGCUCUCCUGGGCUACCUGAGCUGCUGCUGCGCGCCGCAGGCUGUGGCGCAGUUCCCCCGUGUCUGCAUGACAGCAGAGGCGCUGCUGGCCAAGCGCUGCUGCCCAGCCUGGGGGCAAGAGCCAGGCAAUGUGUGUGGCUCCCAGCAGGGCAGGGGAUCGUGCAGGGAGGUGCAGGUGGACACCAGGCCAUGGCGCGGCCCAUACGCCCUCCGCAACGUGGAUGACCGGGAACGAUGGCCCCUGAAGUUCUUCAAUCAGAGCUGCCAGUGCACAGGAAACUUUGCUGGCUAUAACUGUGGUGACUGCAAGUUUGGCUGGACUGGCCCCAACUGCGAUGAAAGGAAGCCACUUCUUGUCCGGAAAAAUGUCCAUGCCUUGACUGCGGCAGAGAGAGAGCAGUUCUUAGAUGCUUUAGACCGUGCAAAGAAUACCACUCACCCAGACUAUGUGAUUGCUACACAGCACUGGCUGAGUCUCCUUGGGCCCAAUGGAACUGAACCACAAGUUACAAACUGUAGUAUUUACAACUACUUUGUGUGGCUUCAUUACUACUCAGUCAGGGACACUCUAUUAGGACCUGGCCGCCCAUUCACCGCUAUAGAUUUCUCCCACCAAGGACCUGCCUUUGUUACUUGGCAUAGGUACCAUUUGCUGCUACUGGAAAAAGAUCUCCAGCGACUGAUUGGCAAUGAAUCCUUUGCAUUGCCCUAUUGGAAUUUUGCCACAGGUAGAAAUGAGUGCGAUGUGUGUACAGAUCAGCUUUUUGGAGCAUCAAGACCAGAAGAUCCAAGCCUAAUAAGUCAGAAUUCAAGGUUCUCACACUGGGCAAUAGUGUGCAAUAGCUUGGAUGAUUACAACCGUCUGGUUACACUGUGUAAUGGGACUAAUGAAGGGAGUCUACGGAGGAACCCACAAGGGAAGUCUAGCGAGCGGUUGCCAACCAUGGAAGAUAUCCAGAACUGCCUUUCACUUCAAGAGUUUGAUAAUCCUCCUUUUUUCCGGAAUUCUAAUUUCAGCUUCAGGAAUGCCCUGGAAGGGUUUGGUAAACCAGAUGGACCCUUUGUCUCCCCAGUGGUGAGCCUGCAUAACUUGGUUCACUCUUUCCUGAAUGGAACCAGCGCUUCCUCUCAUGCUGCAGCCAAUGAUCCAAUCUUUGUGGUCCUUCAUUCCUUUACUGAUGCCAUCUUUGAUGUGUGGAUGAAACAAUUUAACCCCUCUGAGAAUGCUUGGCCUCUGGAGCUGGCCCCUAUUGGGCACAACAGGAUGUUCAACAUAGUCCCUUUCUUCCCUCCUGUGACCAACGCACAACUCUUUCUUGCUGCAGAACAACUUGGCUACAGCUAUGCCAUUGACCUGUCAGAUUCACUUGAAGAAACACAUGCUUGGGCUAUUAUGGUUGGAUCCACUAUCGGAGGAGCACUGGUAGCUUCAGUUAUACUAAUUAUGCUGCUUGCACUCUUUCAGCACAGAAGAUACAGAAAAGGUUUUGAACCACUGAUAAAUGCAAGAUUCAGCAUAAAAAAUUAUACAGAAGAGGCCUAGUGCUGUAGCAUUGUGUCGUCAGAUUUACCUGUAGGAAACUAACCUGAUUAGCGGCAAAGAGUCCUGAGGCACCUUAUAAACUAACAGAUGUAUUGGAGCAUAAGCGUUCGUGGGUGAAUAUCCACUUCAUCAGAUGCGUGUAGUGGAAAUUUCCACUACAUGCAUCUGACGAAGUGGGUAUUCAUCCUCGAACGCUUAUGCUCCAAUACGUCUGUUAGUUUAUAAGGUGCCACAGGACUCUUUGCCACUUUUACAGAUCCAGACUAACACGGCUACCCCUCUGAUACUUAACCUGAUUAGCUGUUCAACUCUUAGCCAAGUGCUGAACUAACAACUUGACACACAUUCCUUUGCUAGACAGCUAGUGACAUUGUUCUCAUCUCAGUGGCCCUGUUCUUUUCCAGUCAUUUGGGAUCAUCAGUCUCAUGUCUUCCAACAUUUUGAAACAACCCACGAGGUACUUUGCUUUACAUGUGUUUGCUUUCACACACACAUGAACAGCCUAAGACAGGAUACAGUUUUCCUGUUGCCAAAGGUUGUUUGUAGUUUGUGAUGCCUAGGUUUGGAUCACAUCCUCUGAGAAUCCUGAGACAGAAAAAAAGAAAAACAAAGACAAAUGCAAAUCUUUUUCCUAAAUGUGUUUCUAAACUAACAAUAUUGUGACAAGCAGAAUUUCAUGGACUAUAUAUCUUUGGUUAAAAAGUAUAUACAGGCAUAAAACAAUAUUGCAAAUAAGUGAUGUUUCUUUAAAAAAAGGACUCAAAUAUUCCAUGUACGAUUCUGUGAAUGCUUUUCUGGGUGUGUGGCUAGAUGGAAUAUUGUAAGGAAUAUGUGGGGACAGUUUAAGCCACAGAAUCAGCCCUUAACUUAAAUUGCAUAAGAACUAAAAUAAACACCAGGAAACUCCCUAAUUCAAAUUUCCCAUGUUCAAGUAAGUAAUGAGCAGGAAUUCAUUUCUAACUAAACAGACACUCCUGUGUGAUUUCAGUACCAGGGGCCUGUGGCACAGACUGAAUCCUAUACCUGCCCUUCUGCACAUGGAAACUUCUCAGGCUAUGCUGAGAGGAAAGAGGUGAGUGGGGGGUCAGACACAGCUGAAGUGAUGGGGGGUUGCAGGAAAUUGUCAGGAGAUAGCAGUGUUAUAAGUACCAGAGAAGCAGGGGUGAAUGUGUGUUUGUGUAUGAAGGGCAGAAAUUAGCUCAUAGAUUGUAGGACCCCAUGUUGUUCUUCCCAAAUGGCCUCACCAAACCUUUAAAGCCAAUCCCAGCACACAUAGGGGGUGGGGGCGACACAUAGGCGGUGGGGGGAGCACUGUGCCUCUGCCUAGUAACUGAGGGACAUGACAUCGCUUCUGAGGAGCUGAGUGGAACCAAGUAGGGAGCCUGCCUUAGUCCUGCUGCACCGCCAACUGGACUUUUAACUGCCCGGUCAGCAGUGCUGACUGGAGCUACCAGGGUCCCUUUUCGACCAGGUGUUCCAGUCGAAAACCGGACACCUGGCAACCCUAAUGCUCACAUGGACUGAACAUGCUCAGUUACACUGCAGAAGCUGGCUGCCCUCACUCUGCUCCCCGCCCCACCCCCAACCCCCAUCGGCAGGCAUAGGUCCUCUCUACUGGCAGCACUAGAAAGCAAAAAAAAUUUCAGUCUUUUGCUCUAGCUACCUCUUACUCCAGCUGCUGCUCUUCCCUACCUGUGUAAUAUUGGCACACAUCACUGGCACUUUAUAUAUUCAUUCACAUUAUAGAAUAGCACAUUAUUUUACAGCCUCAACAGCUAAAUCCUCAGACCAGAAAGAAUUUAGCUCUAGUAAGUUCUCUGAUAGGCUUCCUCUAUUGAACAAUGUCAGCUAGAGAAGGAGUCCGGCAUUUCAAAUUUCCCUCUAAAUUUUGUAGGCUCUUUUCAUUUCAACCUCUACGGAUUCUCCUACAUUAAUGACUUGAAAAAAUGUUACUCUGAGUGUUGAAAGAACUAUUUGCUGUAAACAAACUAGUCCUAAAACAUUUUUCAAAAUAUCGGAUGUAGAAAUUAAGCAUCUCACCUGGAAAGACUGAAAUGCUCUUUAGUUUUCCAAACUUCUGGUUAUGGGAGGAGGAUUAAAACAGGAUUUGGUAUUCCCAUACUUCCCUCUUGCUUUCCUCAAUAGUCCGUAAGUAACUUGGCUUACUAUUGCAUUUGUAUCAGGGUUUUGCCAUAUGUUCUUGAGAUCGCCUGUGUUCCCAUCAUUUAUUAAGUCCUGGAUGGAUCUUGUAGACUUCAGUGGAUAGUAUGUUAUAUCACUGCUAUGCUUUACCAAUGGUAUCUUUUAUGGUACAAUUUACUGUGUUGAUUUCUAGAAAAAUUAAGCCCUGUUUUAACUAUCUGAAUAAACAUUUACCAUAUUAAAGGACUUAGCAUUUUGACAGUGGUAGUAUAAAUCUAACUGUAAGGCACACUGAUCAUGGAAGAUAUGUGCAAAUCUUAUUAUAUACUUAGCUUUCUUUGUGUACAUAUGGCCCUAUUGUAAUUUCUGCUAAAUGCAAAACUUGUUCCUAAAAUACUUUGAGGAUGCGGAAAUGUUGUAUAUGAUACAUUAAAUAUAGGUUGUUACAUGCAAUGAGUCAUAUUUUAAAGUAUGUCAUCUUUGAUUACAUAAGUAAAAUAUCCUAACUCAACAUACAUCAUUCAGUCACACGAUGCAUUGUAAAU